ACAAGUGCACAUGAGUGGCUGGGUUACUGAUUACAGGUGAUGUUAUAGUUUGUUUGUGAUAAGACUCAUGCUUUGAGCACAAAGUCCUGCCAGGUUAAGCGAGCCUUCAUCUGCUUUGCCACAUCUUUCCCAUCCCUUGUAGGACCACUGCUGCCUCUCAGGUCCUUUGGUGGUGUGUUUUCUGCUUCCUUGCAUCUGUUCAACACGCAGCAGCAUCAUGAGUGUAGAGUCCAAAAAACCACGUGAGGCUUGCUGCUCCAAGCUCAAGCUCUUCCUGGCCUCUCUGGCAUUCGUAUACUUUGCCAAAGCUUUUGGUGGAGCCUACAUGAAGAGCUCCAUCACCCAGAUUGAGAGGCGCUUUGAUAUCCCCAGCUCCCUCAUUGGGGUUAUAGAUGGCAGCUUUGAAAUGGGCAACCUCUUGGUAAUAGCCUUUGUGAGCUACUUUGGUGCUAAGCUCCAUCGUCCCAGGCUGAUUGGUAUUGGCUGUUUGAUCAUGUCUGUUGGAUGUUUCCUCAUAGCCCUGCCUCACUUCUUCCAGGGACCGUAUAAAUAUGAGACCAGUGUGUCUCACAGUACAGCUUUCAACAGCAGUGAGAGCGCCCUGCCCUGUCACUCAAACCACAGCCUGACUGAUGCAGAUGAGACUCCUGAUUUAGAGGCCAGAUCAGCUUGUGAAAAGGCAGCUGGCUCGUCUAUGUGGAUCUACGUAUUCCUGGGAAACAUGCUGCGUGGAAUUGGAGAGACUCCCAUCAUGCCUCUGGGUGUGUCCUACCUGGAUGACUUCUCCAGAGAAGAGAACACUCCUUUCUAUUUGGCCUGCAUCCAUACAGUUGGAAUCUUAGGACCUAUGUUCGGGUUCAUGCUCGGGUCCCUUCUUGCCAAGAUCUAUGUAGACAUUGGAUCUGUGGAUUUAGAAACAAUCACUAUCAAUCAUAAGGACUCCCGCUGGGUGGGGGCCUGGUGGCUGGGCUUCAUAGUGACUGGCACUGUGAUCCUGCUGUCCAGUAUCCCGUUCUGGUUCCUGCCCAAGUCCCUGCCCAAGCAAGGGCAAGAGGAAAGCCAGAGUAAAAGCACAGAGCUCGCCACAGUGGCAGAGCAGGAGAAUUUCCUGCAAGAGGAAAACCAGGAUGAGGAGAAGGAGAAGCCGGUUACAUUCCAGGAGCUAGCUAAAGAUUUUGUUCCAUCCCUGAGGAGACUCUUCAGGAACAGCAUCUUCACACUGAUGAUCCUCACCUACCUGGUGGCUGUCAACGGCUUCAUUGGCAUGAUCACCUUCAAGCCAAAGUACUUGGAGCAAAUAUAUGGCCAAUCAGCCUCCAAGGCCAUUUUCCUCAUAGGUAUACUGAACCUGCCAGCAGUGGCUUUGGGCAUCAUCACUGGAGGUUUUGUACUGAAACGUUUCAAACUGGGCGUCAUCGGAGCAGCCAGGGUGUCAAUCACUGCCUCUUUCGGGUCAUUUUGUCUGCUUGCCGUUCAGGGCUUCAUCCACUGUGACAAUGCAGAGGUGGGAGGUAUUAGUGUCUCAUAUCAGGGGGCUCCUCAAGUGUCCUACAACCCGCAGGCUUUGCUGUCAGAAUGCAAUAUGGGCUGCUCCUGCUCAAUGAAGCAUUGGGACCCAGUGUGCGCCUACAACGGAAUAACGUAUGCCUCUCCCUGCCUGGCUGGCUGCCAGACCUCCACCGGCACCGGCAGGGAAAUGGUGUUUCAUAACUGUACCUGCGUUGGCGAGAUGAUGACUCCUGGCAUAAACUCGUCCGCAGUGCUUGGCCAGUGCCCCAGGAAGAGCGACUGUGAUCGCAUAUUCAAAUUCUACAUGGCUUUGUCGGUAGUGGGAUCCUUCAUUUCUGCCUGUGGGGGAACGCCAGGAUACAUCGUGCUGCUCAGGUCCAUACAGCAAGACCUGAAGUCACUGGCUCUGGGUAUGCAAACACUGAUAGUAAGAACUCUGGGUGGGAUACCCCCUCCAAUAUAUUUUGGAGCACUGAUUGAUCGAACCUGUUUGAAGUGGGGUACAAAGCAGUGUGGGGGCCGUGGAGCGUGUAGACUCUAUGACGCUAAUGCAUUUAGAAUGACAUUCAUGGGGUUAGUUACUGGACUCUACUUCCUAUCCAAUACGCUAUGGGCAGGCCUCUACGUCAAAAUUGUCAAGAGACAGAAGAAGUUAGCACUGAGGAAUCAGGCCAAAGAAAAUGCACUGGAGGGUAACGACGUGGGAAAUGGACACGCCAACAUCAACAUAGCCAAAAAUAAAGAUGACACGGACAAGGAAAGCACUAUCUAAGGUGUUUGAGGAAGGCAACCCCAUUGUAUAAUACAGGUGGACGACACAGAUUUUCCAUUGCCUAAGUUGGGGUGCAUCCAUACUGGACCAAAUGUGGUAAUGGUACAGUGUCAGUGCUCUUUGCUCUUCGAGCAGUACGCUUCUUUUUUACACCGAUAUUGUGCUGAAAACAUCAACUGCUGUUCAUGUCAAAGUUCAAAGAUCCUGACUAGACCUUAGUUUUAAUAUCAACAACAAUCAAAUUAAAUAAUACACAAUCCAUGUCUGAACAAAAACCCUCAAACACAUAAACUUAAAGGUCAUUUCUAGUACUGCUUCAGAGCAGUCAAGAAAACUUAAUGGGAACAUAGUCUGUGCUACAGUGUGGACAAUGCAUCCCGAGCAAACACACAGUUCACUUAUGCAACAUUUCAGUAUGAUCACCAUUUAGUAUACUUGAAUAGCAUUAGGUCAGGUAAUAGACAGAUAGUAAUGUCUCAUCCUACAGCUUUACAUUCAAAGUCAUUUAGGUGCAGUAACAGUUUGGCAAACAUGUAUACAAUAUAUGUACAGUGUAUAGUUUUAAAUACUAGUAUAGGACAAGUAGAUUGUUUGUGGCCUAAUGAGCUAUAGCAUGUCUUUGUAACUUGAAGUAUUGUUCAUGUUUUUUUUUAGUUAUUGUUUUCUUUCAUGUUUUUUUAGUGAUGGUGAGAGUUUGUGAGAUUGUACAGCCUACCUCAUUGUCUUCAUUGAACAGUGGUGUAAUGAGGACAGUGAGGGUGGCUAAGGUUUACAGCAUAAGUGUAGAGCCUAGGGUUGCCUACUAAAUGAGCCAAUUUAAAUACACAUGGAGGACAUCAGGUUAGCAUUCCUGAGAGUAUAAUUAGAAAGUAAAUAUUGUAGUUUUAUAGCUGGUAUAACUAGGAUGGCUAUAGAUUUGACUUCUGUUUUACCAAAUUACAAGACAGAUGGUACCUAGUGUAAGAGUCCAGAGCAGAAGAAGUAAAGUGCUUUGCCUCUUUCAGUGUAAGGUUUGACAGAUUCAGUAUCAAUGUGUUUUGAAAGCAGCAGGAUAAUAGUAGUUAACAAAAGAUUGGGCAAACCAAAAAUACUUGGCAGUGUGUCUGGUUCUCCGAGCACUAUAUUCUUGCAAAUGCAAAAAGGGAAGCUGGUGCAGGCCAAUAGACAGUAAGCUUUUUUUUCAUUCUAAAAAAACAUUUUCAUUCAUCACUGCAUUUAACAGAUUACAUGGAAGCCUGAUAACCUUUUUCUGACUGUUAACAAUGCACCACAGCACCAUUUGACAUCUGGAUAUCUCUCCUGUCUGACAUUACACACACUUCUUGUUAUAUCACAUCAUUUACACAAACCUUAAAGGUCAUGAACGUUCAUAUAAUCCUCUGACUCACCAGUGUUUGUCUGGAAAAGUUUACUACAAUUUGGACAGUGGACUAAGAGUGAGUGGACUCAACUCAAACUUGAUUGUACUAUGUUUUACUCGGUUAUACACUGUAGUUGUUAAUUAAAAUAUAUCAUCAGUUAAUAUCUAUAAUUGCUGUUAAUAAUGAGAAUUUAUAUAUUGAGUCGAAUAUGUUUAUAUUGUGUCCAUAUAUUUGAGUUAUAUCAUCUCUUUUUACAAUUUUGUUGAUUGUCCUUAAAGCACAUCUGUAAGUAUUAAAGACACUUAUUUUUUGUCCCUCAAUUUACAAGUGACAAGUUGUACCUUUUCCAUAUGCUCUGUGUGUCCUGCUAUAAACAUGUUAUGGUCAUCCUAAAGCAGCUAUAAUCAGUAUUUUAAAAUUAACAAAAGAUCACAGGACUACUUG